GCCGGUCGUUCCACGGUUUGUGCUAAUUUCUGUAUAUAAUAUAUAUAUAUAUAUUUAUUUACAUAACUGUGCUGCUAUUUCUCUGGGAGCGAUAUGGCGGAAUCAACCACGAAACCUACCCCCCCUCCAAAACCGCAGAAUCCUGCCCUCCGCAUGCUCGGGCUGCCAAAUAUCCGAUUCAAGUUGCCAUCGAGAAAUUGGCUCAUAUUCCUGUCCAUUACCGGCUCAUUUACCACUGCCCUGAUCUACGACCGCAGACAGAAACGGAAAGCGCAAGAAAAAUGGUCCAACUUAGUUGCACAUAUUGCUAAGGAACCCUUACGGCCUAAUCAAGCUAGACGAAAACUUACAAUAUUCCUUGCUGCUCCGCCGGGUGAUGGACUGAGGAGCGCUCGAGAAUAUUUUAAGGAAUAUAUAAAACCCAUUUUAGUUGCUGGGGCGUUGGACUAUGAGGUGCUGGAGGGUCGACGAGAAGGAGAUAUCCGUGCAGCCAUUGCGAACAGGAUCAGGAAAACAAGGCGGCAAGCUGGCGAAGGGCACCCCAUUGAGGAAGAUGAGGCAGACAGUUUCCUUCAACAAAUUCGACAGAAUUUCGGCAUCGAGGACGAGCCUGUAAUCAAGGGGGAUGUGGUAAUCGGUCGUCAUGCAUGGAAGGAAUAUAUCCGUGGUAUUCACGAAGGGUGGUUAGGACCAAUUGCUUCCCCGGCCACUGAACCAGAUGCCUUUCCCUAUCUAGAGGCAACGCCGACAGAUGCGAAAUCUCAGCCAGCUACUCAGGACGACGGCUCUUCCGGUGUUUCAGAGCAGCCUCAAGGGGCCCAAGAGACAGAGCCUACACUGGAACAGAAACCGGAAGAGAAGAAAGAUGAAACCAAAAAACCGACCGGUCCUACCCCAGCGUAUAUCUUCCCCGCCACCUACCCCUCUCAACAGCUCGCAGCUUCUACCCCACCGGAAAUUGAUGCAUCCCCUGUCGCAUUCCCCCAUAUAUUAGGAUUCCUUAAUACGCCGAUUCGCAUAUACCGCUUCCUCACCCAACGCUUCCUUGCUGACGCCAUUGGUCGAGACGUUGCAGCUAUCGUCCUGGCCGCAUCAACCCGACCAUACGCAGAAAAUCACAACGCGACAGACUCCGGAUAUGCUGCCUCCUCUCACACGACUGCUGACGAUAUUCCGCCAUUACCAGAUUCAUCCUCCUCCUUUGCCCAACCCCAUUCAAAAUAUUACGAACAACAAUCCCUUCUCGAAAACGAGGAGCAAGAAUGGCCUAAAUCCGUACGAAAGCAAAAGGAACAUCCAGACGUUAAGGAGCGAGAAUGGUUAGAUGAUAUCGUCUUGGAUCCUCGCAUUGCAUCCCGCAUGCGCAAAUUUGAUCUCCCCGCCGAAGAGGAAGAUAGAGCGCAGCGGAUCAGUGAAGGGACGGAAUGGAUUCGCGGGGAGGACAUGCCUGUUCAUAUCCCGGCUUGGAAACGGAUUUGGAAUACGUAUGGAUGGGGUGAACAAGAUGAUGGACGGCCGAAAGUCAUCAUUGGGAACUUGGAUGAGGUGGAUGGGGAGUGAUAGAUGGUUUUGGUUGGUUCGAUAUAGCAUUUGAGGGAUGUAUUCCGUACAUUUUCAUCUCGUUUACCUAUCUGCAUAUAUGGGCGCAUAUGUUAGAUAUCCUGUGUACAAUAUAAUAUAAUCGUUUCCUGUUUU